AGCAUUAAUUAUUGCGCAAAAUACUUGUCACUCGUGACCACCAUCUCCGAAUCGAUCGGACUCCACACUCGCUAUUAUACAGAACUCGAAACGAAACCACGCCGAAAUAUACGCCAUCUAUCUGUUUUACGAAAUUAUACUCCGAAUAGUAUAAAUCGUUAUGGCCUAUGUCGAAACACUUUUAUAGUUGUUAGAUUUAGGUGAAAGAAUUAAUUUUCGAGGAUAUUUUCCACAACUCCGGGCCGGGCCCGCGGUAAAGGAUGUCAUCUUCAACCUCUUCGUCAUCAUCCUCUCACUCACAGAGAUCGCCUUUACAAGAAAGAACCGACUCGGAAAAGAAUAAACUGCAAAUUCGUAUCGUCCCUUACUCACCACCAAGGCCGAGUGAUGGAGAAGGUAGCGGUAGGUCAAAUGCGCAAGAGCCGCAAUUCGGGGAGGACGAUUCACAACGCACGACCACUAAUGACCCGGCUCCUAUUACCACACCGAAGACGAGUAGAUCCACGAUAUAUGAGAAGGAAGGUUAUGGCGCCGACACUCCGUCACCUUCACCAUCAUUUUCCACACCCGCCUCCCCGUUGGCGAGGGUACAGGGAAGAGGUGUUUCAGGAUCGAAACUCGCUUCUGACUCGGCUGGUGCUGGUGCCCAGCACAUUGCCCCACCGUCGUCCCCUGUCAUUAACAGGCCAUCCUAUGGAAGUAAUAUUAGACGUAUUAACCCUCAAUCUCAGCCAUCAUCUUCGCGCCACGAUAAUGAACCAGGUUCAGCAGGUUCAGCACAACGGAAACGGUCCUUCUCGCGACGAGAGAAUUACAUCAAUGUUCAUUCCGACAAGACAUUCUCAAUUGUGUUGAAAUCUACACGCCCACGUCAUUCCGACAGGUCGGAUUCUACUGUGAAAUCGCCUCCCCUUUCUAAUGUGUCUACAAUCAGUUCGCAUGAAGGUAGCUCAUUUGACGCAUCUAUUGAAGAUCGUCUCGGCUCGCCAUUGAGUUCCGUGGCCGAGCGCAGCGUUUCUCCUUACACUUCAGGAUCCCCUUCAACAUCUGCCGAAAAACCUGAAGAAGCACUCGAAUCAUCUUCACCUUGGAAUUAUCGCAUGGUCGGUGGCCUACGAAAAGUUCCACAUACUCCAGAUCUCAAAGGAAAAGGGAAGGAAAGGGAAGUUUCCGAAUCUCCUUUACCUGCUUUACCAGAAACAGUUACACCACCAGAACCUCCUUCCUCACCUCUUGCGACGAAACCGUCGUUUAAUUCCGAGCAGACCGAUUCGACAAUUGAAGAGACCACGAACUACAAGGUCAUUGGUCGCAGUUCUCCACCAUUACCAGAUUCAGAAAGCAUUGAAGUGCCUCCCUCGUCAAGCAGCUCAAAUUACAAGCUUCUAGGCCAAUCAUCUCCAGCGCAGACGAUCGCUUCGUCAGCUGCUGCGCCAGGGUUCACAGAUACUCCGGGAAGCAGGAACUACAUCGUUUACGGUGAAACGUCACCAUUGUCGUCAUCAGCGACUCCAUUUCGAGGACACCGUUACCAUUCGUCAGACGAUAGUUCAUUGCAACAAUUGCGCGAGCGAUACUCACAAGAAAGUCUUGUCGUCCCCCCCCUAAGACCACACAAGAGAUCUUCAUCCGAAAGCUUCGGCUACUACAAGCAACAAUCGCGAGAAAGUCUUCGAGGUCGAGCCAAUUCAUUUUCAUCGCUUUCAAGCAUAGUAAGCCAAGACACCGCGUCUCUUUUCAGUGGUUCUACUCCGAACGUUGUCGUCCUUCGCCACACUCCUUCUACCUCGUCUAUCCCGCGAUCUACAUGGGUAGGAACAUCAAGCGCUGCACAACAAAAGGCACGAAUGGAGUCGCAUCUAUGGAGCUCACAGCUCUCGACUGUGAUGUCCGAAUAUGAGGGCAGUGACCCGGGCUCUCGCGUUCAUUCGGCAGGUUCAAUUCCAGAGCGUGUUAGCAGUGCGAUUGGAAGUAGGGAUAGUAGACAAAUGCGCAGCAUUUCCUCGUCCUUGGGCCUAGAAAACAUAGACACUCGAAGAUCGCAUUCGAGAUCGAAUUCCCAAAGCGAUUCCCUCGACCGUCCUAGCCCUGCUUAUAUCAGGGGAAUGCCGAGUCCUUUAAUACGAACCGUUCGAGACCACGAUGAACAUGGUGAUGGGUUAGCCGAUCUACAACAGCUUGAACACAGACCAUCUCGAACUCGAUUGGGUUUCUCUAGACAGUCAUCGGACAGGAGUCUACGAUCUACAAGUUCUCGCGCUGGAAGCUUGACGGCAUCUUCUCUUCCUAGCUGGGCAAGGCUCUACUAUGGUAGCGGAGAAAGACGAUGGCUCGCACCUCUUUCUAGGUCCGUAUCCGUAUCCGAAACUGGUGAUAGUCGACCACCGAGUCCUCGAUUAGGCGGUGGAUCUCCAGCUCACGAACAAACCAUCCACAACCCUCGCCGUCGACCACUGGAGAGGGACCCUCGCAACCAACGACCGAGUUCGAUGGAUAUUACACCAGCCUUAGAUACGGGCAAUGUUCGAUUAGGACCAAAGAAAAAGUCAUCUAGCAUUUGGUCUCCUCAUCUUCGUCUAGAUACGCGAGCCAGCCGUUUCAGCGUAUGGAAUGCACCAUCCGUUACAUGGUCUGCCGAUAGUGGUGUUUUUGGUAGACGCAAUAUCCAAGUGGUAUUAUUCGUUUUGGGAUUUCUGUUUCCGUUUGCUUGGAUGGUCGCAGCAUUCUUACCGUUACCUCCGAAGCCGAUGCUUGCUAUGGACGAACGUGACCAAAGCACAACAGAAUUCCAAGCUUCAGAACAUGGAGAACCUCCACGACGGCAUGUCCUCAUCGAUGACUCACGAUAUCAAAGUGCUCGAUGGUGGAGAAAUAUUAAUCGAUUUAUGGCCGUCGCUGGCCUUUUGAUCCUUGGAGCAGUAGCUGCUCUAAUUGUAAUUGGCGUUCGACAAAAAUGGGCGCAAUAAUGAUGAGGUCGAUGAUAAUUCCUAUCCGCGAAAAUCCGAAUCAACGACUCGACCCUUUUUCUAUUUCUACCUUUGAAACGAUUUUCUAC